AUGAUUCACGACGCCGGAUUGGACUACUACGGGCGCAGAUUAGCGACAUGCUCGUCCGAUAAGACAAUAAAGAUCUUUGAGAUUGAGGGAGAGACACAUCGCUUGGCUGAGACUUUGAAGGGACACGAAGGCGCCGUAUGGUGUGUAGCAUGGGCUCACCCUAAGUUUGGCACGAUCCUUGCCUCGUCUUCAUAUGAUGGCAAGGUGCUUAUCUGGCGUGAACAACACCAAAGCCCCACCUCUCCAGCUGCAGGCAGUGCCUGGACAAAGGUUUUUGACUUCUCUCUCCACACUGCCUCGGUGAACAUGGUCUCAUGGGCUCCGCAUGAAAGUGGAUGUCUUCUCGCCUGUGCUUCUUCGGAUGGCCAUGUCAGCGUCCUCGAGUUCCGCGACAACAGCUGGACCCAUCAGAUCUUCCACGCUCACGGGAUGGGCGUCAACUCCAUCAGCUGGGCUCCUGCUGCUGCUCCCGGCAGCUUGAUCAGUUCCAACCCUGGACCCGGUCAGCAGCGGAGAUUCGUGACUGGCGGCAGUGACAACCUCCUCAAAAUCUGGGACUACAACCCUGAAAGCAAGACUUACAACAUCACGCAAACCUUGGAGGGCCACUCCGACUGGGUCCGUGACGUCGCCUGGUCUCCCAGCAUCCUUUCCAAAUCCUACAUUGCUUCUGCAUCUCAAGACAAGACAGUUCGCAUCUGGACUUCCGAUGCAUCGAACCCCGGCCAGUGGACUAGCCAGCAGCUUGAAUUCGACACUGUCCUCUGGCGAGUGAGCUGGAGCCCCAGUGGAAACAUACUUGCCGUAAGCGGAGGGGACAACAAAGUCAGUCUGUGGAAGGAGAACCUGAAGGGACAAUGGGAAAAGGUAAAGGACAUCGAGGAAUAG